UGAGCUCAGGUAUUGAGGGAGCUGCCUUCGUAGCCGCUGCUGCCUCUUCCCGCCCCCCUCCCCCGCCCCCUGUAGCCAGCCCUUCUCUCUGCUCCUCACUAGCCGCGCUGUAGCCAGGCGGAGGGGAGUUCACCCGACCAGCCCAAACCCACUCACACUGUGGCAGUAGCCACAGCCUGGAAAGAAGGUGGAGGACGAAACCCAAGGACGCGAAUUCGACCAUGGAUCAUUAUGAUUCCCAACAGACCAACGACUACAUGCAGCCGGAAGAGGACUGGGACAGAGACUUGCUCCUUGACCCCGCCUGGGAGAAGCAGCAAAGAAAGACAUUCACAGCGUGGUGCAAUUCACACCUCCGAAAGGCGGGCACACAGAUUGAGAACAUAGAGGAGGAUUUCCGGGAUGGCCUGAAGCUCAUGUUGCUACUGGAGGUCAUUUCAGGUGAACGUUUGGCCAAGCCAGAGCGAGGCAAGAUGAGGGUGCACAAAAUCUCCAACGUGAAUAAGGCCCUGGACUUCAUUGCUAGCAAAGGGGUCAAACUGGUGUCCAUUGGAGCAGAAGAAAUUGUGGAUGGGAAUGUGAAAAUGACCCUAGGGAUGAUUUGGACCAUCAUCCUUCGCUUUGCUAUUCAGGAUAUCUCAGUGGAAGAGACAUCAGCAAAGGAAGGGCUGCUGCUAUGGUGUCAGAGGAAGACGGCUCCAUAUAAAAAUGUAAACAUUCAGAACUUCCACAUCAGCUGGAAAGAUGGCCUUGGGUUCUGCGCACUGAUUCACAGACACCGGCCAGAACUCAUCGAUUACGGGAAGCUGCGGAAGGAUGAUCCACUCACAAACCUAAAUACAGCUUUUGAUGUGGCAGAGAAGUAUCUGGAUAUCCCAAAGAUGCUGGAUGCAGAAGACAUUGUUGGAACUGCCCGCCCUGAUGAAAAGGCCAUCAUGACCUAUGUUUCUAGUUUCUACCACGCCUUCUCAGGAGCCCAAAAGGCGGAGACAGCAGCUAAUCGGAUCUGCAAGGUGCUGGCAGUCAACCAGGAGAAUGAGCAGCUGAUGGAGGACUAUGAGAAGUUGGCCAGUGAUCUGCUGGAGUGGAUCCGUCGCACUGUCCCGUGGUUGGAGAACCGGACCCCUGAGAACACCAUGCAGGCCAUGCAGCAGAAACUGGAGGACUUCCGAGACUACCGCCGCCUGCACAAGCCCCCUAAGGUCCAGGAAAAGUGCCAGUUGGAGAUCAACUUUAACACAUUGCAAACCAAACUCCGACUCAGUAACAGGCCUGCCUUCAUGCCCUCUGAGGGGAAGAUGGUCUCGGAUAUCAAUAAUGCGUGGGGGGGCCUGGAGCAGGCAGAGAAGGGCUAUGAGGAGUGGCAGUUGAACGAGAUCCGGAGGUUAGAGCGACUGGACCACCUGGCUGAGAAGUUCCGGCAGAAGGCCUCUAUCCAUGAAGCCUGGACAGAUGGCAAGGAGGCCAUGUUGCAGCAGAAGGACUAUGAGAUAGCCACCCUUUCCGAGAUCAAGGCCUUGCUGAAGAAGCAUGAGGCCUUUGAGAGUGACCUCGCUGCUCACCAGGACCGAGUGGAACAGAUUGCUGCUAUCGCACAGGAGCUGAAUGAAUUGGAUUACUACAAUUCUCCCAGUGUCAAUGCUCGUUGCCAAAAGAUCUGUGACCAGUGGGACAACUUGGGAGCGUUGACCCAAAAGAGAAGGGAAGCUUUGGAGCGGACAGAGAAACUGCUAGAGACAAUAGACCAACUGUAUCUGGAAUAUGCCAAGAGAGCUGCUCCCUUUAAUAACUGGAUGGAAGGGGCCAUGGAAGACCUGCAAGAUACAUUCAUUGUGCAUACCAUAGAGGAGAUCCAGGGAUUGACCACAGCCCAUGAACAAUUCAAAGCUACCCUCCCUGAUGCUGACAAGGAGCGACAGGCCAUUCUAGGAAUCCAUAAUGAAGUUACCAAAAUCGUCCAGACAUACCAUGUCAAUAUGGCUGGGACCAAUCCCUACACAACCAUCACCCCUCAGGAGAUCAAUGGCAAAUGGGAUCAUGUUCGGCAACUAGUACCACGGAGGGACCAGGCCCUGAUGGAGGAGCACACCCGUCAGCAGCAGAAUGAACGACUCCGCAAACAGUUUGCAGCCCAGGCCAAUGUUAUUGGGCCCUGGAUCCAGACCAAGAUGGAGGAGAUUGGCCGCAUCUCCAUCGAGAUGCAUGGCACCUUGGAGGACCAGCUCAAUCACCUUCGACAGUAUGAGAAGAGCAUUGUUAAUUACAAACCAAAGAUUGACCAGCUGGAAGGAGACCACCAGCAGAUCCAGGAGGCUCUUAUUUUUGACAACAAGCAUACCAACUAUACCAUGGAGCACAUCCGAGUGGGCUGGGAACAGCUCCUCACCACCAUUGCCAGAACCAUCAAUGAAGUGGAGAACCAGAUCCUUACUCGAGAUGCCAAAGGGAUCAGCCAGGAGCAGAUGAAUGAGUUCCGAGCCUCCUUCAACCACUUUGACCGGGAUCACUCCGGCACACUCGGUCCUGAGGAGUUCAAAGCCUGCCUCAUCAGCUUGGGUUACGAUAUUGGCAACGACCCCCAGGGAGAAGCAGAGUUCGCCCGAAUCAUGAGCAUUGUAGACCCUAACCGCAUUGGCGUAGUGACAUUCCAGGCCUUCAUCGAUUUCAUGUCCCGUGAGACAGCCGAUACAGACACAGCUGACCAAGUCAUGGCUUCCUUCAAGAUCCUGGCUGGGGACAAGAAUUAUAUCACCUUGGAUGAACUACGCCGGGAACUCCCACCUGACCAAGCAGAAUACUGCAUUGCACGGAUGGCCCCCUACACAGGCCCAGAUGCAGUGCCUGGUGCUCUGGACUACAUGUCCUUCUCCACAGCCCUCUAUGGCGAAAGUGACCUUUAACCUACUCCUAGACCCCCUCCCACACAAACCCCCUUCUUUUAUUACCAUACAAACUCCCAGACUCUACCAGGGUUCUUCUUCCUGUCCAGAUGCACCUUUCUUUCUGUAUGCAAUGCAAGCCCCCCCACCUCUGCCUCCUUUGUUGGACUGUCCUCCACUUCCUCCUUUCCUCUCCCUUCCCCUCUAAACCCUGAAGUUUGGUGUCAACUCACAGGUUCCCAUCAUCUUCAGGGAUGGGACAGACAUUAUAUUGAAUCUUCCCACCCUCUGAAAGUGGUAACAGUUUACAAAAUUAUUUUCUGCAAAAAAGAAAAAAAAUGUUUAAAAAAAAAACAAACCAAAAAACCCACAUAUUUUAUUAUAGAAAAUAAAGGUAUUUUUUCUCCACCUGACUGAAAUGGAUAAGGGGAAAAUAGAACUAUUUGCACCACGUAUUUUGUUUGUUGUGACAUAGGAAAAUAAGCAAGCACAAUGCGACAUUCCAUCCUUAUUUUUAAAAAAUAUACUUUUUUUUUAAAGAAUUUAUCUGUUCCAUCUUUUAUGUCCAUUCCUCCAGUCCCACAUCUUUCAGUGAGGGGAGGAAAUUCUGUCAAAAGACACACCAGGUGCAUGCAUGUUUGCUUGCUCACUCGUUUCAUGGAAAUAUUUUAUGAUAUUAAAAAAAACAAACUUCAGAGAUAGCUGUUUUUUAGGAAGACAAAUAAUUUACAUCGCUUGUUUUUUCAUAUUUAAUUCCAGAGAUAUGAUGAUCAGUCUUCUCAGUGCACAAAAUGUUUUUUUUUGUUUUGUUUUGUUUUAAUUAUUUUAAAGUUGUCUAUUAAAAAAAAAAGGUCAGGACAAACUUGGAAAGAGUGGAUGACUUUGAUAUUGCUUGUCACAAACCAUAUUAAAAACAAAGCAGCAUUCUUGUGAUAA